AUGGCGGUGAGCUCCAAGAACACCCACCACUCGCCGGCGGUCGUCUUCCUCCUCGGGGCCAUCUCGGCCACCGCGGUGCUCGUCUUCUUCUUCACCGCCACCGCGGGACCCGCAUGGCCCGCGGCGACCACGGAGCUCUCUCCUCGGAGGAGCCAGGAGGCGGCCCGGUCGGCUCCAGCGCCGACGCCCAAGGCCUCUUCUACCACCAAUGCGGUACGGUCUAUUUGCUCUUCCAUCGGCCGUUGCUAUCUAGAGUAG